CUAAGCCACUCUAAAAUUAUCAACACAUGAAUUCUUUGAGUAAAUACAAAAAUUGUUUACUAUUUAGUCCCAGCUCCCUCUCUGCAACUGAGUUAAAGAACUGAAUUAUGCCUUAUGAGCACAUGCAAACUGCAAUGGAGAUGUUAAUCGUGCUUCAUUUUGAUGUUCAGUUUCUCUUUCUCACUUUACUCGGUAAAGUCCUACAUCGUGUAGUGUUUCAUUAUUUUGGCAGAAUAUAUAUCAAAGCGAGCAAAGAAGGCUCGUCCCUUUGGGGACAUCCGAUAAAAUUGGAACGAUACAGAGAAGAUUAGCAUGGCCCCUGCGCAAGGAUGACACGCACAAAUCGAGAAAUGGUUCAAAUUUUUUUCCUCCCCUUCCCUUCCAAUUCGGAAACCCAUUCUCAUGUGGAUUUGGAAAUUGAUUUGGAAAUUAAGUCAUUAGGGUUAUUUUAUUUUUGCACCUUCAAACGCGAAUGGAUCACCAACAGUUAAACCCUGGCGGAGGGAAACCGGUGGCUGCAGCGGCGCCGCCGCUUCACAAAAGUCACGCCGACGACGAUGAUGAGAACGUUAAGCAGCUCGACGAGUGUUAUGCUGUCUACUUUUUAAUGCAGGUGAAAAUUCUUGUGUUACUCUCAGCUUCCCUAAACCCUUCGAUCUUUGAAUUGGAAUCGAUCGCACUCGUUCGAGUUGUUUUUUGUUUAUUAUAUUUCAGGAUUGCGUUGUUCGAACAAACAGGAAUUGGAAAGAAUGCCAGCCAGAAGUUCAAGCUCUAAAGGAAUGUUUUGAGAAGAAGAAGAAGAUAAACAAAGGCAAGAGAAUUUUUAGCUGGCAAUAAUGAAGGUCAUUUAUGUAAUGUACUUCCUUUUUCUACUCUUCAUGGCACCACUUUGAUGUUGUUUAGACACUGGUGCACACGGGAAAAGAAUUGAAUUUGUUUGUAAGAAUGAUUCAAUAUUUCAAUUGAAACUGGUUGAGAUUGAACUUGUGGAAAUGGGACUCCAUAUGAGAUCCCUUUAUAAAGGUUGAUUCUAAUUUGAAUAUAACAGAAAGAUGAUUAAGAAGAAACCAUUUUGGCAUUAUUGAUUUAGAUUUAGUGCUUAGGAUUAUGCUUUUAUUCUGGUUGCUCUGCUGUUCUUAGGUGAUUUGAUAUAAUUGUUACUAUGUUUUGAAGAAAUUGUUGAGGGGCCAAACACAAGGGAACCGUGUUGAUAUUUUGUAUUCAUCAUAAAUUUGCAUCUAAAAGUGGAGUGUUUAUAAGACACCAUUGAAGAUCAGAGGUAAAAUAAAGUAGUUUAGGUGUAGGUGUCAAAGUUGAAGGCCACAUAAACAUUAAACAAUAAGAUCUUAAAGUAAUGGAAUAGGCACCAAUAUGGGGUGGGUGCAAGGUUUAGAUGAUUAAGAAACAUUGUCUUUCAAUCAAGUCCUGUUCCACACCAAGAAAAAAACUAUUGUAUCGGCACACCACCAAACAAAAGAAAUUGAUCGACUAUCCUUUCUUUGCAGUGUCUUGCAGAAAUCCAUAUUUAUGCUACAAACAGAAAGGGAUAUAAAUAGAUUUUGCCAAGAAAGAGAAAGGGAUUUUAUUAGUGCCUCAAUUUUCAACACAGGCCAUAAUGGUUAAGCAGUAGAAUUAGAUGGAAUAAACUUAACGGAAACACUAUUAACACAAUGGCGUUCAUCAGUGGGUGUCUUGAACCCCUCUCCUUUGAAAACAUGACCCAAAUGGCCACCACAUGCUGCACAAGUUAUCUCAGUCCUCCUCACAUCUGGGUCCGGCUGAAAGUGGUUUAUUCAAUCAAUGUUGGCAAAGGAAAAAAAAGAGAGAUGAAAAUCCAAAUAUUGAAUAA